AUGGUUCAUAGCACGCUAAUAGCUUUAUUACAGCUACAAAGUAUUGGCGUAAUUCCUAUUUACUCAUCAACCGGAACAGCUGAUACAGACAAGUUGAAGGGUAUCACCGGAAGUGCAGAUCAGGCUAUUACGCUUGACUUCAAUAAACUGGUUGAAUUGCUCAAGAAGUUGUUCAGCUCUGGAGGCAUAACAAGUGAUGGAAAUCGUAUUACGACGAAAAACCCAAUAGUGACAACAAAAGGCACUGCACCAACAACCGUCAACGCUGUUGGCAUAACUAUUCGCGGCCUUGGCUCUGGAAGUGAUGUGUCAGCGGUGAUACUUAUAGACUUUACGACAUCAAGCCAGAAAAAAUGGGACGUGCUUUACCUACGUUCCUGA